CGGAGAUGGGACGGAAACGGAAGGCCUCCCAAACCCUGGAUGGGGAACCCAGCGCUGCAGGGGCGGAGUUGGAGCUCCGCUGGGAGUGGGAGACCUCGGGCACCGGGUGGCAGCAGUUCCCGGCGGAGCAAAGUGAAGCCCUAAGCCAGGCAGCCAGGGCAGGAAAGCUUUCAGUGGACCUUGGUGAAUCGUCCGUCGACCUGUGUGGGAUGCUGCAGCGCAAUAAGCAGACAGGGGAGGAAACGCGUGUGGCUGCAGCGGUCCGGGCUCAGGACUCUUAUGUCGUGUGGCAGUGGCAAGGGGACCAAGAAGGCGAUUGGCUCCCCUACCCGGCCAAUACCUGCUUGGCCUUGCAGGCAGCCAAGAACGGCCAGGGGAAGCCCACGGUGGAAAUGAUGGUUGGCCGGACCCGCUACAAGUUGGACACGACCCGCAUGGUGCAGAUCAACGCCCGUACUGGAUUUGAGCGCCAGAUGGAAUGCCGGCAGUCUGAUGCUGCAGUGCCCGAAGGAGGAGAAUCUCAAGGCAGCGACAGCUUCUCCGAUCCCAGAGGUCCUGCUGUUGCAAAGAAGGCCCGAAAUGGAGCAGAGACAGCAGCCUGUCCGGGAGAGGGGGAUGGCAAGGGAGAGGCCGUGAAGACGUUGAUCGUGAAGGGGAAAGCUCCCGUGGACCCAGAAUGCACUGCAAAGCUAGGCAAAGCUCACGUUUAUUGUGAAGGAGAGGACACAUACGACGUGAUGUUAAAUCAGACAAAUCUUCAGUUCAACAACAACAAGUACUACCUCAUCCAGUUGUUGGAGGAUGACGGAGCACGAAGCUACAGCGUCUGGAUGCGCUGGGGGCGUGUGGGUAAACAAGGUCAGCAUGCCCUCGUGAGUUGCGCUGGAGACCUGAGUAAGGCCAAAGCCGUUUUCACCAAAAAAUUCUUGGAUAAAACAAAGAAUGAGUGGGCCAAGCGAAAUAACUUUCAGAAGGUUCCAGGCAAAUACGACCUUCUCCACAUGGACUACGAAGCCAGUGAUGCAGGUGAAGAGAAAGCCGCUUCACAGAAGACAGUCUCAUGUCCCAAGCCUGUGUCACAGCUGGAUCCACGGGUGCAGGCCUUGGUGGAACUGAUCUGCAACAUUCGCACCAUGGAGGAGAUGGUGGUGGAGAUGAAGUAUGACACCAAGAAGGCCCCUCUAGGAAAGCUGACGGCUGAACAGAUUAAGGCCGGUUAUCAGUCGCUGCAGAAGGUGGAGGCGUGUCUGAAGAGGAAGCAGACGGGCCGCGCCCUGCUGGAAGCCUGCAAUGAGUUUUACACUCGGGUUCCCCACGAUUUUGGGCUGAAGACUCCCCCACUGAUCAAGUCAGAAGAGGAGUUACAAGAGAAAGCACAGCUGUUAGAAGCCCUCGGCGAGAUCCGCAUUGCCAUCAAGCUGGUGGGGUCAAAGCAGCUGGACCAGGAGCACCCGCUGGACCGGAGCUACCGUGGCCUGAGCUGCCAGCUGCAGCCCUUAGAGCGGGAGGCCUCAGACUUCCAGGUAUUAGAGCGCUACCUGCUGUCCACCCAUGCCCCGACCCACAAGGAUUACACCAUGACCCUCCUGGAGGCCUUCGUCUUGGACAAGGAAAGCUCCGCCUUCCGCUCUGACCUGCCCAACCGGAUGUUGUUGUGGCAUGGAUCCCGCCUGGGAAACUGGGCGGGGAUUUUGAGCCGGGGGCUGCGAGUGGCCCCUCCGGAGGCUCCUGUCACAGGCUACAUGUUUGGGAAAGGGAUCUAUUUUGCCGACAUGUCCUCCAAGAGCGCCAAUUACUGUUUCGCCACCCGUGAGAGAGACGUCGGCCUGCUCUUGCUCUCAGAGGUGGCCUUGGGCGAAUGCAACGAACUGCUGGAGGCAAAUCCUGAAGCGAUGAAUUUGCCACCCAACAAACACAGCACCAAAGGGCUCGGCAAGCUGGCCCCGGCCAACAGCACCACUCUGCAUGGGGCUGCUGUCCCUCUGGGUCCAGUGGAGGAAACAGGCGUGGUGAACCCCAGCGGCUACACCCUGAACUACAAUGAAUUCAUCGUCUAUGACCCUCAGCAGGUGCGGAUGAAGUACCUCCUCAAGGUGCGCUUCAAUUUUACUCAGCUCUGGUGAGCACUGGCAGAGGAUGACCGCCAGAAGGAGGGCAGCUUCUGCCCGCACCGCCUUUCUGAGUCAAGAGGAUCAACCCCUUGCUGCUGAUUUGAUGUUCCUCUGACAUACAGUCCAAGAGCACUCCCGAAGUCCUCUCUUGGAAAGAGAUGGGUUAAAAACGCCACCAAUCGAAGUUCUUGAUCCAAGGUGCUGGACUUGGAAGUGGACUGCUGCUACCGACCGGCUGACAGACACAGGCCCUGUGGGGUGUGUGAGGGCAGAUCAGGAGGCUUGUUUCAAAAAGACUGGAAGGUCUUCUCUUUUGCUCUUGUUUGUUAUGUUCUGAAUAGUUCGUGCGUCAGGGCAAUAUGUUUUUUUUUAAAAAACUUUAAAUAAAAAGUGCUCGCACUGA